AUGAGCUUGACCUCCAGAAUUACUGGUGGUACUGGCUCAGGCGUCAACCACAAUGUUGCAAAUCCAGCUCCUAAAUUAUCUGGAAAUCUUCCUCCUACUCAAGAUCCAGCUCCCGUGGUUAACCAUUCAAGCUCCACACGAUGUUCCAGUGGAGCCUUGAUGAGUUUAUUAAACAGUGGAUUAUCUGUUCCUCGUCAAAUGAUGGUUCAGGCCCGCGGUGCACAAGAUAAUCAACAUAUUCCUAUACAUUUGAGCUUUGUGGGGACUAUUGGACAGGGGACAUUUGGACAAAUUGAGAGGGCUACUCUCACUGUCCCAGCAACAUCUUCAGGCACACCAGGCAAAAAGAAUCCCGAUGCCGGUGCUUUUUCUGAUGGAGGACAAAGUUUGCAAGUCGCCGUUAAGCGUGUCUUGCAGGACCCUCGCUACAAAAACCGUGAGCUGAGUAUUAUGCAACGCCUUAACAACCAUCCUAAUGUUGUGAAGUUCUACUACUACUAUUACUCGACAGCGUCGUCAAAUAGUCGGGGCCACAGGAGUGGUGGUGGACGUGCAGGCGCAUCUACAUCGGGUGUAGAUGUGUUCUUACAUCUUGUACUGGAAUGUUUUCCCGAGAGCUUAUGUGAACUCAUCUACCGCUAUUCACAAAGGAACCUGAAAAUACCAGCUUGUACAGUGAAGGUUUUUACGUAUCAGAUGCUCAAGUCCCUGGCUUACUUACAUAGCCAUCAAAUAUGUCACCGUGAUAUCAAGUCGUCCAAUUUACUAGUCAAUGAAGAUACUAUGGUUUUGAAAGUGUGUGACUUUGGAAGUGCUAAAGAAAUGGUGCCGGGAACUGCUAAUGUAUCUUAUAUAUCCUCUCGGUAUUAUCGUGCUCCGGAGUUAUUAUUUGGAGCUCAAUAUUAUUCUUGUGCGAUUGAUACUUGGAGUGGGGGGUGUGUACUGGCUGAAAUGUUACGUCAGCAUUGUUUGUUCAUGGGAGCUGAUUCAGUAGAUCAACUGGUUAAAGUUAUCCGCGUUUUAGGCACUCCUACUCCACAAGAUAUUGCCAGUAUGAAUCCAAUGUAUGGAUCUUACAGUUUCCCAGAUGUUCAAUCUUGCCCUGUAAAACUGUUUUUCCCACAGCAUACUCCAGCCGAUUUGUUGUCUCUAAUGAGCAAAAUGCUUGUUUAUAAUCCAUCACUAAGAAUUUUACCAUCUCAAGCUCUUUCCGAACCAUGUUUUGACGAACUUCGUUCUAUCGGUCCAAAUGGAGUACUUUCGAACAGAGUUCGUAUGCCUCCACAUAUCUUUGAUCCUGAUCCCGAACCUAAUCCUCCUACAUCAGUAACAGAUGGAACAAAUUUAUCAGCAUAUAACAAUUGGUUGCCAGAACAUCAUAAGCAUGGCUCAUCCAACAAGAAACCGACCACCAGUGUGGGUGAUUUGCAAGGUUCCGAUAAGAAAAACUGUAAACCACCAUCGAAUUCUCGAGAAAUUCCUGCUGAUUGGCAGCGAAAAGGUCGAGCUAUCGGAUCUAAUAAUUCUUCGGAAAAAUGUGGGUCAGUUAUUGCUGGUCCCGGUGGUGGUAGUCAUCCAAACCUGGAAUCAAAAUCUGACGAAUUAACCGGGAACACUAAUGGUGUAAAUAAUGAUGCUUCGAGUAGACAACAACAACAACACAAUCGAACUAAUAAUGAGAAUAAUCUUAAAAGUCCAAUCGAUACAACAAAAGCCGGGACGGCGACAACAGUUGAUGUUGGUCAUACAAGUCAAAUAGAAAAUCCCGAUGUCUGUUGCAAUGAUAAUGAAAACAAUAUUAAUAAUAAUAGCAUUACUACAAAUGUACACUUAAAAUCAUUUGUGCCUCCUACUCAUCCCAACUCUUCUGAACAACGGACAAAUUUAAGUGAAGUACACUAG